AUGGCAACAGGAGGUUGUCCCUUUGAAGAAGGCAUGAAUGACCAGGACCUGCCUAGCUGGAGCAAUGAGACCCUUGAUGACCGUCUGAACAACACGGACUGGGGAAGUCAACAGAAGAAAGCAAACAGAUCAUCAGAAAAAAACAAGAAAAAGCUUGGUGGAGAAGCUGAAACAAGACUUACUAAUGCUAUAUCUCCAGAAUCCUCACCUGGAGUGGGACGACGAAAGACCAGAACUCCUCACAGUUUUCCUCAUGCUCGAUAUAUGACCCAGAUGUCUGUUCCAGAGCAGGCUGAGCUAGAAAGGCUUAAACAGAGAAUAAACUUCAGUGAUCUGGAUCAGAGAAGCAUUGGAAGUGAUUCUCAAGGCAGGGCAACAGCUGCUAACAACAAACGUCAACUUAAUGAAAACAAAAAACCAUUCAACUUCCUGUCACUGCAGAUAAACACUAACAAAAGCAAAGAUCCUGCCUCCGGUUCCCAGAAAAAGGAAAGUGGGGUGUCAGUGCAAUGUAAAGAGUUGUUUGGAGCUGCUCUAAGCAAGGAUUUCUUGCAAAACUGUCAAGUCUUCCAAGAAGAUGGAAGGGGAGAACCAGCUAUGGAUAGCAGCCAGAUUGUGAGCAGCCUAGUUCAAAUUCGCGACUAUAUUGCUAAGGCCAGCUCCAUGCGGGAUGAUCUUGUAGAGAAAAAUGAAAGAUCGGCCAAUGUUGAGCGUUUAUCACACCUUAUAGAUCACCUUAAAGAGCAGGAGAAAUCCUAUCUGAAAUUUUUGCGAAAGAUGCUUGCUAGAGAAAAAGAGGAGGAUGAUGUUCGGACUAUAGAUUCAGCUGUGGGAUCUGGUUCUGUAGGUGAGAGCACAUCGCUAAACGUUGAUGUGCGGUCUGAGGCUUCAGAUACCACGGCCAGAGAUCCUCAACAGGAAGCUAAAGAGGAGUUGGAGAACUUGAAGAAGCAGCAUGAUUUAUUGAAAAGGAUGCUACAACAGCAAGAGCAAUUGAAAGCUCUUCAGGGAAGACAGGCAGCUCUUCUUGCUUUGCAGCAUAAAGCAGACCAAGCAAUUGCUGUCAUGGAUGAUUCUGUUGUAACAGAGACUACAGGUAGUGUUUCAGGAGUGAGCCUUACAUCAGAACUCAAUGAAGAAUUGAAUGACUUAAUUCAGCGCUUUCACAACCAACUUCAUGAUUCUCAGACACAGUCUGUGCCAGAUAAUAGAAGGCAGGCAGAAAGUCUUUCACUUACCAGAGAGAUUUCACAAAGCAGAAACUCAUCAGUGUCCGAACACCUAUCAGAUGAGAAGGCACGGCUUUUCAACAAGAUGCGAAUGUUGCAGGGUAAAAAGCAAAAAAUGGACAAACUGUUAGGAGAACUCCAUACACUUCGUGACCAACAUCUAAAUAACUCCUCCUUUUUUCCUGCUUCAGGUUCUCCUCAAAGGAGUAUUGAUCAAAGAAGUACGACUUCAGCUGCUUCUUGUCCUGUAGGCGUAGUAACUGUGGUCAAUGGCGAAUCAAACAGCCUGGCAUCUGCUCCCUAUCCUCCUGAUUCCCUGGUUUCUCUGAAUGAGAGUGAAGAGGAUGACAAUCUAAAUCCAACAGAAAAGCUUCAGAAGCUAAACGAGGUUCGUAAGAGGCUGAACGAGUUACGCGAGCUAGUUCACUACUAUGAGCAGACAUCUGAUAUGAUGACAGAUGCUGUGAAUGAAAACACUAAGGAAGAGGAAGAAACAGAAGAAUCGGAAAGUGAUUCUGAACAUGAGGAUCCACAGCCUGUUACAAAUAUUAGAAACCCUCAAGGAAUCAGUACUUGGAGUGAAAUAAAUAGCAACUCAAAUGUACAGUGUGGAACAAAUAACAGAGAUGGGAGACAUCUUAACACAGACUGUGAAAUAAAUAACCGAUCUGCUGCUAAUAUAAGGACUCUCAAAAUGUCUUCUACCCUGGACUGUCAUAACAGGGAGGAUGACAAAGAUCUCGACCUACCCCAAGGUGAAGAUGAUGAAGUGGAAGAAGAUAGAGUUAGUGAAGAUUCCGUAUCUAGUCACAGGAGCAGCCUGGGUGAUGCUGCUGGAGACGCUGAGUUUGAGCAGAAGAUCAAUAGGCUUAUAGCUGCAAAACAGAAACUUAGACAGUUACAAAACCUUGCUGCUAUGGUGCAGGAUGAUGAUCCAGAACCUCAAGCAACAAUUGCAAAUGCGUCUAAUAUUGGUGACUUGUUUUUGGGAGAGAUAGAGGAGACAAAACAACAACCAAACAAUGUCCGAGCUAGUACCAACAAGUUACAGAAAGAUGUAGGACUGAAUGAAAAAGCAAGAGAGAAGUUUUACGAAGCUAAGCUGCAGCAGCAGCAGCAGGAGCUUAAGCAGUUACAAGAAGAAAGAAGAAAACUGAUUGAAAUUCAAGAAAAAAUUCAAGUGUUACAGAAGGCUUGUCCUGACCUUCAAUUGUCGUCGGCUGGCGUGGGUAGCUCCCCAGCAAACAGACAGACUUCACCAGCAACCUCAACGCCAGCCAUGAAUGAGUGUAGCGCAGCUGGCAGGCCUUUACUUGAAUUUGACGAAUCUGUGCCAGUAGGCAAUGAGUUAUGGUCUGAGAUGAGAAGACAUGAGAUUUUAAGAGAAGAAUUACGACAGAGAAGAAAGCAGCUUGAAGCAUUAAUGGCGGAACAUCAGAGGAGGAGAGAGCUCGCAGAAACGAUAUCUACUGUUGCUGCAUCAGUUAAAAGUGAAGGAUCAGAAGCUCAGCGUACUCCACAGCAGAGCAGGACUGAAAAGACAAUGGCUACCUGGGGAGGUUCUACCCAGUGUGCACUAGAUGAAGAGGAAGGAGAUGAAGACUGUUAUCUCUCCGAUGGAAUUGGUCAGGCAGAAGAAGAGGAAGAAGAUGCAUCAAGUUUGAAUGAUAGUUUCUCUGUCUAUCCCAAUAACAACAUACCAGAAAACACUUAUUUUGUGAAAGAAAACAAGGACAGGUGGAAAAAUUGCCGUCCUCUUUCAGCUGAUGGGAAUUAUCGCCCAUUGACUAAGGCUAGGCAACAGCAAAACAUAAGUAUGCGACGUCAGGAAAACCUUCGGUGGAUAUCUGAACUUUCAUACGUGGAAGAAAAGGAACAGUGGCAAGAGCAGAUCAAUCAGUUGAAGAAACAGCAUGAAUUUAGUGUCAGCAUUUGUCAAACUUUGAUGCAGGAUCAGCAGACCCUCUCUUGUCUUCUACAGACUUUGCUUACAGGCCCUUACAGUAUGAUGCCAAAUAACACUGCAUCUUCACAAGUACAUCUUAUUAUGCAUCAAUUAAACCAGUGUUACACUCAGCUGAUGUGGCAGCAGAACAAUGUCCAAAGGUUGAAACAAAUGUUAAAUGACCUUAUGUAUCAGCAAGAAGAACAACAGUGUCAAGAGAAGCCAUCAAGAAAGGAGAGAGGCAGUAGUGCACCACCACCUCCAUCUCCUGUUUUUUGUCCGUUCAGCUUUCCUCCCCAACCUGUGAACCUGUUUAAUGUACCAGGAUUUACUAAUUUUUCUUCCUUUGCUCCAGGUAUUAACUACAACCCCGUGUUCCCUGCUGGCUUUGGAGAUUUUGCACACAAUAUUUCCCCACACAGCAGUGAGCAGCAGCAGCAUCCUCUAGAUCAUAGUGCUUCUGGGAAAACAGAGUAUAUGGCAUUCCCCAAACCUUUUGAAAGUGGUUCCUGUAAUGGAGCAGAAAAACAAAGAAGGAAUCAUAGACAACCUGAAGAGGAAAUGGAAAAAAGAUCAGCUUGGCUUAAUGAUAGCCAGGAAGUGAAAAAAGAUGAUCAGUCUCAACUGAAAACAGGCUUUGCAGUUUCAGUACAAAACAUGGCUUCUGGUCAUAAAAAUCAGUCUGAUACGAGCAGGAGAAGGGAGUCGGAUGAAGAGUCUUUGGAGAGUUUCAGUAGCAUGCCCGAUCCAGUGGACCCAACUACUGUGACCAAGACAUUCAAAUCUAGAAAAGCAUCAGCGCAAGCAAGCCUGGCAUCGAAGGAUAAAACACCCAAACUGAAGAAUAAGAGGAAGAGUUCUUCUCAGCUAAAAGGCAGAAUUAAAAAUAUUGGUUAUGAAAGUGCAAGCGCUUCUAGUGUGUGUGAACCCUGCAAGAGCAGUAAAAGCAGACACCCUGAAGAGGUGGUUCAGGCAAAAGUGUUCAGCAAAAGGAAUCGGGAACAGUUGGAAAAAAUAAUUAAAUACAGUAGAUCUACAGAAAUGUCUUCAGAAACUGGUAGUGAUCUGUCAAUGUUUGAAGCUUUGCGAGACACUAUUUAUUCUGAAGUGGCAACUCUUAUUUCUCAAAAUGAGUCUCGUCCCCACUUUCUUAUUGAACUCUUCCAUGAGCUUCAGCUGCUAAAUACGGAUUACCUGAGGCAGAGGGCGCUCUAUGCUCUACAGGAUAUAGUGACCAGACAUUUAUCUGAGAACAAUGAAAAAGGGAAGCACACAAAAUCACUGAACUCUGCGGCAUGGGUGGCAUCAAAUUCGGAACUCACUCCCAGUGAAAGCCUUGCUUCUACAGACGAUGAAACUUUUGGCAAGAACUUUUCUGCAGAAGCAUGUCAAGAUGGGGAACAAAACGAUGCAGACAAUGGGAGUACGAUGUCUACGUCUUCCAAUUUUGAACCCUUUGCCACUGAUGACCUUGGCAACACAGUGAUUCACUUAGAUCAAGCUUUGGCUAGGAUGAGGGAAUAUGAGCGUAUGAAAAUUGAAGCUGAAAGUACCCUUGACUCUGAGGGCUGCUCUAGUAAUUUUCAGGGUGCUUCUGCUGCUAAAUUAGAAGGUCCAAGUACCAGUCCCGUGCCAGAGUCGAGCGACGUUUCUGCUGUUCCAUGUCCUCGCAUAGAUACUCAGCAGCUGGACCGGCAGAUUAAAGCAAUUAUGAAAGAGGUCAUUCCCUUUCUGAAGGAACACAUGGAUGAAGUGUGCUCUUCGCAGUUACUGACAGCAGUGAGACGUAUGGUCUUGACUCUUACACAACAAAAUGAUGAAAGUAAAGAAUUUGUGAAGUUCUUUCAUAAGCAGCUUGGCAGUAUACUUCAGGAUUCACUGGCGAAAUUUGCUGGUAGAAAGUUGAAAGACUGUGGGGAGGAUCUUCUUGUGGAGAUAUCCGAAGUGUUAUUUAAUGAACUAGCCUUCUUUAAACUCAUGCAAGACUUGGACAACAACAGUAUUUCUGUAAAGCAGAGAUGUAAAAGAAAAAUAGAAGCUACUGAAGUGAUACAGUGUUAUGCUAAAGAGGCAAAAAAAGGUCUCCAGGUGGAUGUUUGUUCAUCUGCUGAAGAAGUCGAUGAGGACAAAGACAAGGAUGAGACUGAAACUGUUAAACAAGUGCAGGACUCAGAAACGUAUGAUGGUAACGCAGUCCCUAAAAAUAGUAGGUCUGAUGCCUCUGAUCAAGAGGAAGAUGAGGAAAGUGAAAGCAGCCCAGUCGCAAUAAGUUUAUCAAAAGCAGAAACCCAAGCUCUGACUAACUAUGGCAGUGGAGAAGACGAGAACGAAGAUGAGGAAAUAGAAUUUGAGGAAGGACCUGUUGAUGUGCAGACAUCCCUACAAGCUAGCAGUGAGACGACAACUGAAAACGAACAGACUUCAAACCAGGAGCUGACUAAGACGAAAAGCACUGAGAUUUUGCCAUCGGAACAAGAACCCGUUCCUGUUAAAGGUGAAGAAGAUGUGGCUACAAUUCUGCCUCAUUACCUCAACAUCAUGGAGAGUACCCCACCACUAACAGUCAGUCCCCCAGACGCCUUUGUAACAGCCGGUAUGGAAGGAGAAGAAUCAAGCUCCUCUUUACCAGCAGACGAAGCCCAAAGGCUAGAUACGACGUGCGUAGGAAACAAAUCUGCUGCCAGUUCGGAAAGCUCCAUGGCCGGGAGCCCCGACACGGAGUCACCUGUGCUGGUGAAUGAAUAUGAAACUGGUUCUGGAAAUGUCAGUCAAAAAUCAGAUGAAGAUGACUUUGUGAAAGUUGAAGACUUGCCCCUGAAACUUGCAGUAUAUUCAGAGGCAGAUUUAAUGAAGAAAAUGGCAACUGAGGCCCAAACCAACAGUUUGUGUGACGAAUUACUGGAUGGAGGUGGAACUCGGGAUCAAGAAUUAGUAGGAGAUGCCCAGACUUUGAAAGAACCCGAGCGCUACGGAUCUCGGAGUGCGUGA